AUGUCAUGUAAUGUGUUGUUAGUUGUGUUUAUAUGCAAAAUAUAUCGGCUAUAGGAGGCAAUAAGCAAUGUGAAAACAAUUGUAGUGCCAUACAAUAAAUUGAGUGUAGAAAAUGGCAGUACAGACAUCUAACGAGCCGUGGAAAGAGUGUUCAAAGUGGUUGGUGAGGUGCGAUGUCUUAAGACCUGAUCACAAAACGAAUUGGUUAGACGCUUCUGUACACGAUUUAGCAUACACACUUAGGGAUGGUGUCCUUCUGUGUAAUUUGCUCAAUACACUGGAGCCAGGAUGCAUUGAUAUUAAAGAUGUUAACCGGAAGCCUCAGAUGGCACAGUUUUUGUGCCUUCGAAACAUUAAAACUUUCCUGCAGACUUGUCAGGACUGUUUUGGUUUGAAGGAAAACGAUUUAUUUGAGCCGUCCCAGUUAUUCGACCUCACUGACUUUUACCAAGUGCUGAAUACUUUGUCAAAAUUAUCUAAUUGUCCUAAAGUCCAAAGGAAAAACAUUAUUGGAUUCUCAAUACAUCGAAACCGCAGUGUCUCCCAAGAAGAUAUUUACAAACAUUUACAAACUAAUGAUGAUGAACCAAUUCGAGGCUUCACUGAUGAAGUGGAAUAUGGAAGUUACUACUCGCACAUCCGUAGUGAAGAUAUCUACCACGAUCUUUGCUCCAUAAGCAGUCAGUCACAGACACAGAUACCUGCUACUGUCACACACAGUUUUGAGAAACGUGAUUAUAUAAUAAAUGAGUUAGUAGAAACAGAGAAGAACUAUGUUGAAGUUCUGGCCACUGUACAGCGUUGUUUUAUGAGACCACUGAGUGGUGUUCUCACAGGUCAUGAUUCAAAAAUAAUAUUUGGAAGCAUAAAGGAUUUAGCUGAGAUUCAUGCUGGAUUCCACAGCCAGUUACGCAAAGCAAUAACUCCUGGCACCAGUAAUCGUCUCAGUGAUGUGUUUUUAAAUUGGAGAGAGAAAUUUCUUGUAUAUGGUGAAUACUGCGCUAACUUAACAAAAGCACAGAACCAUAUUCAAGAUCUGUGUCACCGCAAUCAUGCUAUUGAUCAGGAAGUAAUUAAAUGUGAGCAAGAAGCAAACAAAGGGAAGUUUAAACUACGAGAUAUACUGUCUGUGCCAAUGCAGCGUAUCUUGAAAUAUCCCUUACUUCUGGAGAAACUUAUAAGUGAAACACAAAUUAAUCAUGAAGAUUACAGAGGACUGGAAAGAGCAAAGGAAGCUAUGGUUGAUGUAGCUCAGUAUAUAAAUGAAGUUAAAAGGGACAGUGAUACCUUGAAUAUUGUCCAAGAUAUACAGGAUAGUAUAUCAGACUUGAACUUGCCAGAAAAUAAGUCGUUGAAAGAUUAUGGUCGCUUGUUGUAUGAUGGGGAAAUGCGAAUUAAGGCUCAUGAUGACCAGAAAGUGAAAUGCAGAUAUGUUUUCAUCUUUGAUAAAAUAAUACUGCUGUGCAAGCAAAUUAAGUCAACACGGGGUGACCUUUAUGCUUUUAGGGAGUACCUUUACUUAAGUGAGUACAAAGUUGAAAACACUAUUAACCGUGCUAUCCUACGGAAAGAUUCAAGGUGGAAUUACCAGUGGUUUCUUGUUAAAAAAGGUGAACAUACUGCCUUUACUAUGUACGCUCGCACAGAUGAUGCUAAAAGGAAGUGCAUAAAAGCAAUUGAGGAAGCAUUGGAUAAUAUUGAACCAAGCGUUUGCAAAAGCACAGACCAUAAAUUUCUAAUGCACUCAUUUGAUCGACCAUCAUCGUGCAAUCAUUGUAGUAAAUUUUUGAAAGGAAUGAUUUUUCAGGGUUACAGAUGCGAGAAAUGUCAAAUAGCAAUUCACAAAUCAUGCAUACCAUUCUCUGGUCGAUGUGGUGUGAGGAGCCAACCACCUGACUUUCCUCCGAGACCACCUGUCUCAAGGACUAUCCCGCCUCUUCCUAAUGGAGAAACUGUGUGUUGGAAUGACCACAGAAAGCUGGAGGAAUACCUCUGGUUUGUUGGUGAAAUGGGUCGAGAACGUGCAACUGCACUGUUGGCGCAAGAAGUGGAUGGAACAUAUUUGUUGCGUAUCAGGCCACAGCUGUCAUCAAGGACAAAUGACACUGUAUAUGCAUUGAGUCUGAAAACAGAUGAUAAAGUGAAACACAUGAAGGUAUAUGAGAAAAUUACAGAGAAUGGAAAACAGUAUUAUCUAUCAGAGUCAAGGUUUUUUAAGAGCAUUGUUGAAUUAAUAACAUGCUAUGAAACUUCCAGCCUUGUGGAAAAUUUUUCAGGAUUAGAUGUAUGCUUAAUGUGGCCUUAUCGCCGGAUAAUUGCUGUAGCUGAAUAUGAUUACAAUCCAACUGAACAGAAUCAGCUGCCAUUGAAACGUGGCUGCCAGGUUAUAGUAUUAAGUAAGGAAGGAGAUUUUCGUGGAUGGUGGAAAGGAAAAGUCCACGAUAAGGUUGGCUUCUUCCCAAAAAAUUAUGUUCGUGAACUCCCAAAUGCAUACAACCAUAACUUUACAUGAGACAGCUGAUUUUUCUCAAAGGAUUUUUUCCUUUAACCAGUUCUGAUGAAUGGUGGCAGUUUGUUUUCCAUUCCAUUAACUAGGAUUGCUGCAGAAUAUGGACGGUAGGCAGAAAUUAUAGAGGUAGAAGGUGGUUUGCACUAUCCACCUGUUUUCAGGCUACUGUGUAUUAUUUGGUAGUAUAUCAUCCAUCAGGAUGGAUUCUGUGACUCAUUUAAAAUACUGUGUCAAGUAUUUCAUGUAGAUGAACUUCUUCUCAGCAGUAAAAAGAUAAUUCAACAAA